AGGCGGGCGCCCGUUCCGAAGGCCGGAGAUGAGGAGCGGAGGGCCGAGAGCUCCGCUCGGGAGCCGAUCCCCCGCUGAGCCACGACUGAAGUGGUCCGUUCCACCGCUCCAGACCCUCUGCAGCGGGACGGCAUGAAAGGAAAGUUGAGACAAAAAAAGUUGGUGGAAACGAAAGUGCGGGAGGAGGAGACAACGGCGGGGUGAAGAAAGGGCCGGACUCCACGCGAACACACCGAGAGCAACGCUGAAGCGCCCGUGAAGGGAAGAAAGGGGGUCCUGAGGUUUUCUCCUUUGUGGAAGGAGGUCCGGCGAUGGGGGUCCGUGCCGUAACCCUGCUGCUUUGCGCAUCCUUAGUGACAUGCCAGCAAAGAGGUCUUUUCCCUGCCAUCCUCAACCUGGCCAGCAAUGCAGAGAUCUCUACCAACGCCACCUGUGGUGAGUCUGGACCCGAGAUGUACUGCAAGCUGGUGGAGCAUGUGCCGGGGCGCCGGAUACGCAACCCGCAGUGCCGCAUCUGCGACAGCAACAGCAACAACCCCAAAGAGCGACAUCCCGUCACCAACGCCAUCGACGGCACCAACAGCUGGUGGCAGAGCCCGAGCAUCAAGAACGGCCGCCAGUUCCACUGGGUGACGCUGACGUUGGACUUGCGGCAGGUCUUUCAGGUGGCCUACGUCAUCAUCAAGGCAGCCAACUCACCAAGGCCUGGGAACUGGGUGCUGGAGCGCUCUCUGGAUGGGACGACAUUCCAGCCGUGGCAAUACUACGCCAUCAGUGACACCGAGUGCUUGACCCGCUACAAUGUCACUCCACGAAUCGGGCCGCCCACCUACAAGAAGGACGAUGAGGUCAUCUGCACAUCCUACUACUCCCGCCUGGUGCCUCUGGAACACGGUGAGAUCCACACGUCUCUGAUCAACGGGCGUCCGGGUGCCGAUGACCUGACCCCGGAGCUCCUGGAAUUCACCUCCGCCCGCUACAUCCGGCUGCGCCUGCAGAGGAUCCGCACACUCAACGCCGACCUCAUGACUUUGAGCUACCGCGACCCCAAGGACGUGGACCCCAUUGUCACACGGCGGUAUUACUACUCCGUCAAGGACAUCUCCGUUGGCGGGAUGUGCAUCUGCUACGGCCACGCUCAGAGCUGCCCCUGGGACCCCGUCACAAAGAAGAUGCAGUGUGUCUGCGAGCACAAUACGUGCGGCGAGAGCUGUAAUGAGUGUUGCCCUGGCUACCACCAGGAACCGUGGCAACCGGGGACGCUCUCCGACGGCAACACUUGCGAGAAAUGUAACUGCCACAACAAGGCGGACGACUGCUAUUACAACCAGACGGUGGCCGAGAACAAGAUGAGCCUCAACGCGCAGGGGCACUACGUCGGGGGCGGAGUCUGCCUGCACUGCCGCGAAAACACGGCCGGCGUGAACUGCGAGACCUGCGCUGACGGCUACUUCAGGCCUCGUGCGGUGUCGCCGUACGACGACCACCCCUGCGUGGAGUGCAUGUGCGACCCCAGCGGGUCGCGGAGUCUCAGCUGCGUCAAAGGCGACGACCACGCCACGAGCACGCGAGGUCUGCGCCCUGGUCAGUGCCUGUGCAAGGAGGGCUUCGCCGGGGACCGCUGCGACCGCUGCGCCUUCGGCUACAGGGACUUCCCCGUGUGCACGCGCUGCACCUGCAGCCUGGAGGGCAGCCUGAACAUCGACCCCUGCGCUGAGUGCAUCUGCAAGGAGAACGUCAUGGGAGCCGACUGCGACCUGUGUAAGCGCGGCUACUACAACCUGCAGGGCAGCAACCCCGAGGGCUGCACCGAGUGCUUCUGCUUCGGGGUGUCGGAUGUGUGCGAGAGCAUCUCGUGGACCGCGGCCCAGCUGGUGAACGUCGACGGGUGGCUGCUUCCCACUCCUCAAAGCGACCACCUCAACGCCAGCGGUGCUGUGGGGCACAGAACCCCUGACCUUCUGUACUCCUGGGUUGCUCCCAAGACAUUCAUGGGAAACAAGCUGUCUGCAUACGGGGGCUUCCUCAACUACACUGUGUCCUUCGACGCGUCCGGGGAGACGGUGCACGGCUCUCUGCUCUCGCAAUUUGACAUCAUCAUCGAGGGCAACGGGAGGACCCUCCGGCACGGGCCCACCCGGCAGCUGCUCCUGACCCCGCAGAAGGAGCUGCGCUUCGCCGUCGAGAUGUUGCCGCGGAGCUUUGCGAGCCAGCCGGGCGGCAGGGCGGCGCAGCGGGACGAGCUCAUGACGGUCCUGGCUCACGUGUCUGACCUUCGGGUCCGCGCCCGCACCGACGGCAGCGUAGAGGGGGCUCUGAGGCUGGGCACCGUGUCCCUGGACGCGGCAGACCCCGACAGCGCCAGCCCUGACCCAGCCCGUGACGUGGAGCAGUGCGAGUGUCCCUGGGGUUACACGGGGUCGUCCUGCGAGAACUGCAUCUCUGGGUUUUACCGCGUGGGGGGUAUUCUGUUUGGUGGGAACUGUCUCCAGUGCGAAUGCAAUGACCACGCGUCUGAGUGCGACGUCAACGGAAUCUGUCUGGGCUGCGAUCACAACACCACCGGGCCUCACUGCGACCAAUGCUUGCCUGGUUUCUAUGGCGACCCGCUGGCGGGCGCCCCGGACGACUGCCAAAGAUGCGCCUGUCCUCUCGCCGUGGCGUCCAACAAUUUCAGCCCCACCUGCCACCUGGAGGGCUCAGGGGAACUGAUCUGUGAGCAGUGUGAGCAGGGGUACGCAGGAGCUCGCUGUGAAAGGUGCGCCAACGGCUACUAUGGUAACCCCAUGGUCCCUGGGCAGGGCUGCAGAAGGUGCGAAUGCAACGGAAACGUGGACCCCCUGGAGCCAGGACACUGCGACCCCGUGACGGGAGAGUGUCUGAAGUGCACGGGCCACAGCACGGGGCCACGCUGCGAGCGCUGCCAGGAGGGUUACUACGGCGACGCGGUAACUGCGAAAAACUGCCGGAUCUGCGGCUGCCACAGCAACGGGUCCCUCUCCGGCACCUGUGACGCAGAGACGGGCCAGUGCGACUGCAAAGCCAACGCGGUGGGAAAGAAAUGUGACCGCUGCGAGGCAGGGUACCACGGCCUCCGAAACGGCCUGGACUGCAUGCCCUGCAACUGCAGCCCGGGGGGGUCAACGUCAGAGGAGUGUGACGAGGAGGGAAGGUGCCGCUGCGUCCUCGGUGUUGCCGGGGACAAGUGUGACCGCUGUCAGAACGGCUACUACAACUUCCAGAAUGGCGGUUGCACAGAGUGCGACUGCGCCCACACGCAUGGCAACUGCGACUCGGAUUCGGGAGAAUGCAUCUGUCCCCCCCACACCACGGGGGAGAAGUGUGAGCUGUGUGAAGAGGGUCACUGGGGGCACAAUCCAGUGACAGGCUGUAAGCCAUGUGCCUGCAGUGUGCAGGGCUCCUCCUCCACCCAGUGCGACCCCAUGAGUGGUCGCUGUCCCUGCAAGCCGCAGUUCGCCGGAGAGAGAUGCGAUCGCUGCGCCAUGGGCUUUAAGGCCUUCCCAGAAUGCACCGCUUGCAACUGCAACGUCAACGGCACCCGGGAAGAGUACUGUAACAAGAAGUUGGGGGUCUGCAGCUGUGAGGAGCAGGGGAAAUGUGUCUGCAAGGACAACGUGGGCGGCCUGGGCUGCGAUGAGUGCAAGAGCGGGACCUUCGGCUUGUCAGAGCACAAUCUAUCCGGCUGCAGCCCCUGCUUCUGCUCUGGGGUGUCGUCCGACUGCGAGGAGCUCGGUGGUCUGGUCAGAGUACCCAUGACACUGGGUGCUGACCUGAAGCUGUUGCGGGUGGUCAGCCAGAGCCACCUGACAGGUACCCAGGAGGGAGUGUUCCUGCAGGAACCUGAUGUACUCCUGGACAUUAGUCUGGUCCAGGACUCCUCACUGGCCGGACCAUACUACUGGAGACUCCCCGAGUGGUUCCAGGGCAACAGGAUGUUGUCGUACGGAGGGAACCUGCGAUACACUGCGGUGUUUCAUGCCUUGGAUGGUUCGGGACUGGCCAACAACGAGCCGCAGGUGCUCCUCCGUGGAGGUCGCCUCCGGAAAGUAGUCAUCUACCUGGACUGGCCCGCUCCCGAAAACGGCGUGAGGACGACCCAGGAGAUCCCACUCACCGAGCACAAAUGGAAGUACUUCAACUCUGUGUCUGAUGAAGCUGUGACGCACUCGGACUUCAUGUCUGUGCUGAGCAACAUCGAGUACAUCAUCAUCAAAGCCUCGUACGGCAGUAGGAUGGAGCAGAGCAGGAUCUCCAACAUCUCUAUGGACACAGCGGUGGAGGCGGACGUGGCGCCGGCAGGCGGCGGGGUGGCUCACCUCAUCGAGGUGUGCGACUGCCCCAGGGGUUAUGCGGGCCUGUCCUGCCAGGAGUGUGCCCCCGGGUACCACCGACAGCCCGUGUCUGAGCUGAACCUGCGAACGCAGCGGUUCUUCACCCAGCCCUGCGUUCCCUGCCAGUGCAACAACCACAGCCAGGCCUGUGACCUAGAAACAGGGAGAUGCGAGGGUUGCCAACACAACACCACGGGCGACCACUGCCACCUUUGUGCCCCGGGGUAUUAUGGGAAGGUGGAGGGGUCCAUCAGAGAUUGCUCACUGUGCGAAUGCCCCCGUGGAAACAAAAAUAGCUUCAGUCCCACCUGUGUUCCAGAAGGCAGCAAUGACUUCCGCUGCGACGCCUGCCAGGCGGGUUAUGAAGGACAGUACUGCGAGAGGUGUUCUGCGGGUUACUACGGCAACCCCACGGAGCCGGACGGGCGCUGUGAGCCGUGCCGGUGCAGCCCAUCAGGUUCCUCGAACCCGCGAUGCGACAGCCUGACGGGCCGGUGCGAGUGCAAGCCCGGGGUUACGGGUCACCGGUGCGAGGAGUGUGAGGAGCGGCACGUCCCGCAGGGUGGCCAGUGUGUCUCCUGUGAUGACAAGUGUACAGGGGUUCUCCUGAAUGACCUGGAUGACCUGGAGCUGUCACUGUCCUCAGUUAACCUCACAAGCACGAUUUUGGCUCCUUACAGCCAGCUUUUCUCCCUGGAGAAUGCCACCCGUGAGAUCAAGACUCUUCUUUCCCCAGAGAGGAACACAAGCCGUUUGCUGAAGAGAGCGGAGGAGCAUUUGGCAGACCUUUCGAAAGACGUUGACCAGCUGCAACAAAAGACUACGCAGCUGUUUGCCGAUGCUGAAGAUCUAAGCAGGUCCACUGAACUAAGGCUGAGCCAGGGCAAAGAGCUGCUGGGACUUCUUGUCAAGACCCAAUCCUCUAUCCAAGCUCUGGAUGCAGCAUCGAGCAGCCUGAAUGAAACGCUGGAUGAUGAGUUGGGUGAAUCCAACAGUUCUCAGUUGAUGGCAGAGGUUGAAGCCAUGCUGGACAUAAUGAGGAAGGUGGAACUUGGCAAGAGGAACAUCACAGUCUCCAAUGAGCUGAUGUUAGCGAUGGAAAUCCUCCAGCAGGUCCUGAAUCAGUUACAUGGGCCCAAGCAGGUCACCAACAAGCUGGCUAAAACCAUGAACGCCACACUGUGGGAGCGACAUCAUCAGCUACAGGAAACGCGGGACCUUUUGAGCACAGCUCAGGCCCGCAACAAUCACACAUUCAGCCUCCUGGACACAGCUUCUGCUAACCUGGACAACCUUCUGAAUGUGAAGAAAAAUGUCAGCAGAGCUAGCCAAUUUGCUGAGACUGAGCUGGAGGAAGCCCAGAAGAAACUAGAUAUUACACUCAGUAUGGUGGAUAACAUGGUCAAUGGAAAACUGCUUUUAGAACAGUCCCGCGACGAGCUGGACUUGUGGAACCCCACCUUGAGGAAGCAAGUGGAUAGCCUGGUGAUGCAGAUGAAGAAGAGGCAGGCCUUGGAACUGGUAUAUAGAGCAGAGGACCACGCCCAGGUGCUGAUUGAAAAAGCACAGGUGUUACACAGCAAUCUCUCAGGGGUCCGGAACAUCUCUGUGAAUGCAACGAGUGCGGUUCUUGCCAACUCCAACAUUCAGUCAAGCGUAGAGGAGUCUUGGAACCUGGCAAAGUCUGCCAAUCAAACAGCGGCUUCUGCCUUCAACCUGUCUCAGUCAUCUGGGAUCAUCCUGAGAGAUGUGGCUGCUCAAGCCGUCCAGCGUAGCACCGCAAUCCUGUCAGAGAGCAGAGCUCUGGACAAAGAGAUGGCGGGCCUCAUAGCAAACUUUACAAAGAGAAACGAGAGCCAAUCCAUCUUUGAGGGCACGCGUAACAUCACCAGACAACUUUCCAAGUCCACUCAAAUCCUUCGUGGGCUGCCCAAUGGAACCAGUGACGAGAUCCGAGAAGUGAAGGAACAUGCCGCCGUAGCCAAUGACUCGCUGUUCUCUACCUUGCGCCGGCUGGAGGACUUCCGCCAGGUUCUUGAGGAGUCGUCAUUGGCUGUGGCCCGUGCUAACGACAGCGUGAGGAACACCAACGAACUAGUCACAGACUCAGAGAGGACUGCAAGUGCUGCUGAGGACAAGGUGAGGGAGGUGGAGAAGCGAGCUGAGCACCUGUUUGACCGCCUCAAGCCCCUGAAGACCCUGGGGGAGAGCCUGAGCAGGAACCUAUCGGACAUCAAGGAGCUGAUAAACCAGGCACGCAAGCAGGCUGCAUCGAUCAAAGUGGCCGUGUCAGCGGAUGGAGAUUGUGUGAGGGCCUACCAGUCAGAGGUGACGUCUAGCAACUUCAACAUGCUGUCAAUGACAGUGAAAACGAGCGAGCCUGACAACCUACUCUUCUACAUGGGCAGCAGCUCCAGUGUGGACUUUUUGGCUCUUGAGAUGCGUCGCGGGAAGGUAUCCUUCCUGUGGGACGUUGGAUCCGGACACGCUAAGAUAGAGUAUCCUGACAUCCAGAUUAACAACAACAAGUGGCACCAGAUUCAAGCCACCAGGUUUGGAAAGCAGGGCACCCUUACGGUGCAGGAGUUGAAGUCUGACCAGAAACCAGUGUUGAAAACUGCCACAUCUCCUGGUACCGCCACCGUGAUGGAUGUAAACAAGUCCACUCGCAUCUUCGCCGGUGGUCUGGGCGGUCAGAUAAAGAAGUCCCCGGCCGUAAAGCUGACCCGAUUCAAAGGCUGCAUGGGCGAAGUGUCCCUCAACGGCAAGGACAUCGGCCUGUGGAACUACGCUGAGCGCCAAGGCCAGUGCCGGGGCUGCUUCAUGAGUCCGCAGGGAGAGGAAACCUCCUUCCACUUUGACGGCAGUGGCUACUCUGUAGUGGAAAAGGCCUUGCGCUCCACAGCCACCCAUAUUGUUAUGCUCUUCAAGACCUUCUCCCCCAACGGCCUGCUGCUCUACCUGGCCUCCAAUGGGACGAGAGACUUUUUGUCCAUUGAGUUGGUGGAAGGGAAAGUGCGGCUCACCUUUGAACUGGGAUCUGGACCUCUCACUCUUACUUCCGAGAACACCUACAACACUGGCAACUGGUACAAAAUCGCCCUGCAGAGGAACAAACAGAAAGGUUAUUUGGCAGUGAUGGAUGCGUAUGUCCCCUCGGAGAGAGAGACUCUGGAGGCGGAAUCACCAGGGACGGCCUCAGACCUGAAUCGGUCUGACCGAGACCCCAUCUACAUUGGGGGGCUGCCUCAGUCCCGGCCCAUCAGGAGACAGGUUGUAGCCCGGUCUUACGUUGGCUGCAUUAAAAAUCUGGAAAUAGCCCGGACAAACUUUGACCUGCUGAAAGAUGCCUACGGGGUCAGGAAAGGCUGUGUCUUGGAGCCGAUACGCAGUGUGACAGUUCUGAACGAGGGCUUUCUGGAACUGCCCCCCUUCACAAUGGCCCCCCAGGCUGAGAUCAUGGCUACUUUCUCCACCCGCAACAACACGGGCAUCAUCAUGGCAAGCUUCGGGACAUCUGUGGGCCGCACACGCAGGCAGGCACGCCAGGCAUUCCUAGCGCUCCUCUUGGUUGCCGGUCGGGUGGAGAUGCACCUGGCCGCCGGGGACGGCGGCGGAGCCCACAGGGCCGUGAUCAAGUCCGGCAGCGGGACCUUCGGCGACGGGAAGGAGCACUCGGUGAUCCUUCAGCGCAACAGAAGGAUCAUCACAGUCUUGGUAGAUGAGGACAAACUGGACACCGUCAGACUGGGUUCCUCUUCAGAAAAGGCCUCCAUAGCACUGGGCAGCCUCUACAUUGGCGGGGUCCCACCAGAAGAGGGCGCCGGUCGCCUCAAAGCCACCGGGUCCUUCUACGGCUGCAUCAAGAACAUCGCCGUCAAUAUGGAGCUGCUGGACCUGUCCAGAGCGCUGCGGUACCAGAAUGUGGACAUGGACAGCUGCCUGUUGGAGGAGCGGCCCAAGAGGCCUGUGCUACCUGACGACGGCGAACCGGAAGGGGAGCCCGCUCUCGGACCCACGGCGCCCCCCGGUGUACCCUCCACAGAGCUCAGCCUCCUCUCCCCUGGGGCCACCGAGUGCGCAGCCGCCGACCAGACGGAGAGCAUCCCUGGGGCCCACCAGUUCGGCCUCUCCAGACACAGUCAUAUGGCCCUCAGCAUCAACCAGCAGGCGGUCAGGAAGAGCUUCUCGAUCCAGCUCUCAGUGCGCACCUUCGCAUCCAGCGGCCUGCUCUUCUACAUGGCCAACCCCAACCAGGUGGACUACGCUGUUCUGCAGCUGCGUGGGGGACAGCUGUUCCUCACCUGUGACCUGGGCAAGAGCUCGGCCACAGCUACGGUCCCCGAGACCGUCAACGACGGGCACUGGCACGCGGUGAAGGCUGACUUUGGAAAGAAGGCUGUGCUGGUGAGCGUGGACGGCAGGUCCUCGGGUCCAGUCCAGGCCAGCGGGAAGGCCAGCACCCUGGACGUGCAGAACUUACUCUACUUGGGAGGGUUACCUCCCGGAUACACGGCCAGGAACAUCGGCAACGUGACCCACAGCAUUGCUGGCUGUGUGAAGGACGUCACUCUCAACGCUCAACCCCUGGAGACCCAGAGUCCAGUCCAGAAGCUGGCUACCGCACCCUGCUUCACCCAGGCCCAGGAUGGGACCUUUUUCAAUGGCACUGGGUUCGCAGCCUUUGUGAGGGAGGGCUACAAGGUGCGCUCGGACAUGGCGGUGGCCCUCGAGUUCCGCGCCACGGCGCUGGACGGCGUUCUGCUGGGGAUCAGCAGCGCCAAGGUGGAUGCCAUUGGGCUGGAACUCGUCAACGGGCAGGUCUUAUUCCAUGUGAACAACGGGGCAGGACGGAUCUCGGUGGCGCUCGGCCCGCGGAGCCCCGGCGGCUUUUGCGACGGCCGCUGGCACACUCUGGUGGCCAACAAGAACAAGCACGGCCUGGCUCUGACGGUGGACGGCUCCAAGGCCCAUGCCGAAAACCCCCACCCGCAGUCCACCUCCGCGGACACCAACGACCCUGUCUACAUCGGGGGCUUCCCAGGUAACGCGAAGCAGAACUGCCUCACGAUCAGGACGCCGUUCCAGGGCUGCAUUCGCAACCUGCGACUUAUCAAGGGCCACCUGGCCGACGCCCUCGACUUUGCCGCGGCCUUCGAGCUCCGUGGCGUCCUGCCGCACUCCUGUCCGGGGUCGGCGCUCUGACCUCAUCUCUUUUCGCAGAAACCAGUUUAAUCUCUUCAGCGUUUCAACCUUUCAGCCCAUUCUGCUGAAAAUGUGCAUUUUCAACACGUACCUUUGUUAAAAGGAUUUAAUUGUUAAUUUUAUAUUUUCCACAAGUCUUGCAACACCCGUGACAAUAUUUUUAAACAUCCAAAUGUUUGUUUAUACUAGAUUUGUUAAUAGAUUUCAA